AUGGACAUUGCAAAGUGGGCUUCUAUAGCUAACUGUUCACUGGGCCUGCCGGUGAAUAUAUUCUGUCUGAUAGUGCUCACCUACCACGGUUCUAACUCCGAGGCUGGCCUACAAUUCGGCCUAGUGAUUAGCUGGCUCCAGUCUAUGGUAGACAUUCUUAUCUGUCUGAGCCAUUUGGCCGGCCAUAUAACAAGCGAGCCAUUAUCCAAAGAAUUGCCCGAGAUGAUGGCCGAUUUGUUCUGCCGCGUGGUAAAGACUUUCGGGCUUGUCUGGUUCCUAGCCAGCCUACGAACGAGCCUAAAUGUGUGCCUGGCCACGUUCAAUGUUAUUAAACUGCUUUAUCCAUUUAUGAAGUUGCCGUUGCGCUUGUCCUUGAGGAUUGUGAUUAUUAGUAUUUUGAUGGUGAGCAACGCGCUAGCUGCCUUGGUUCCACAUCUGUUUCUUUCUCGCUUUCGAAGUGGUGAACAACGUUGCGAAGUGCAUGAGCCAAACGAAUUUAUCACGCUGCAUGGCAAAUAG